AUGCUGGUCAGGAGCUCCUCCACACCGAUCCUCGGCGCGCUGCACGCCUCCUCUGGCGGUGGCGGCCACUCCCCGGCCGUCCACUUCGCCGACUCCUCCCCGACGGUCGCCUACCACCCGCCCGCCAUCUCCUGCAGCCUGUCCAGCGCCGGCGGCGGCGGAUCGGACCACGAGCGCUCGCGCGGCAGCUGUGGCGGCGGCGGCCUACGCCGGGCGUGCUCGGACGGCAACCUCUCAUCCCUCGGCGGCCGCGCCGACGACCACCACCGAUCCAGGCCGGCCCCGCUCGAGACGAUCCAGUCCUUCGCGGCCCGCGACGGGUCGUGGGACGAGGAGGACGAAAACGACGCCGACGACGACACAGAGCAGGAGAUGAGCUUCGGGAUGUUCGGCAGCACGUACACGCAGGAGCACCCGCUGUUCCUGGCGAGGGGCCUGGGGAUCGACCGGCUCGGCUCGGGCCUGCUCCUCGCCGCCACCGACGACGGCGGCAGCAACGGCGGCACCGGCGGCACCCACCCGGUGGCCUCGGGCGGCGGAGGGGACCGGUCGUCCGGGAUCGAGGCGCACUACAAGCAGCUCAUCGAGGAGGACCCCUGCAACGGCCUCUUCCUCCGCAACUACGCGCGGUUCCUCUACCAGGUCAAGGGGGACCGCCGCCGGGCGGAGGAGUACUACUCCCGCGCCAUACUCGCCGACCCCGGCGACGGCGAGCUGCUCGCCGAGUACGCCAAGCUCGUCUGGGAGGUGCACGGGGACGAGGACCGCGCCUCCGCCUACUUCGACCGGGCCGCCAGGGCCGACCCGCGCAACAGCCACGUCCUCGCCGCGCAGGCCGCCUUCCUGUGGGACACCGACGACGGCACUGGCCCUGAAGAGACGACGAUGAGCUACACCGGGUUCCCCGCCGCCGCUCACCAGUCCAUGGCUUCGGCGACCACCUGA